AUGGUUUUGUACACGACCCCCUUUCCAAACAGCCGUCUGUCUGCCCUGCACGCUGUGUCCUGGGCUCUCAUCUCCCCGUGCUACUGCCUGGCAGACCGGCUCCUGACGCCCUUCACUUCCAUCGCUAGCAAGUGCCGCCAGUCGGACAGCCGGUGCUACCUGCAGCUGCUCUGCAUCCUCCUCUUCACGCCCAUCUACCUGGCGCUCCUUGUCGCUGCCCUGCCCUUCGCAUUUCUUGGGUUCCUCCUCUGGUCGCCCCUACAGUCUGUCCGCUGGCCCUACAUCUACUCGCGGCUGGAGGACAAGGGCCCGGCUGGUGGGGCGACUCUGCUCGGUGAAUGGAGGGGGACCGGUACUGCCAGAAGCUUCUGCUUUGCCACCGCCAACCUCUGCCUCCUCCCCGAAUCGCUGGCGAGGCUCAACAACGUUUUUCACGUACAAGCACGGGCCAAAGAGAUCGGGCAGAGAAUCCGCAACGGGGCCAGCCGGCCCCAGAUCAAGAUCUACAUUGACUCUCCCACCAACACCUCCAUCAGCGCGGCCAGCUUCAGCAGCCUGGUGUCACCGCAAGGCAGCGACGGCGUGGCCCGGACUGUCCCUGGGGCCAUUAAGAGGACAGCCUCUGUGGAAUACAAAGGCGAUGGCGGACGCUGCCCCAGUGACGAGGCCGUGAACGGCCUGGCGUCCGGGGACCUGACAAACGGCGGCGGCAGCCCAGAUGAAGCCUGCAUCGUGCGCAUCGGCGGCGAAGAGGGGGGCCGGCCCCCUGAAGCAGACGACCCUGUCGCUGGAGGCCAGGCCAGGAACGGGGCCGGCGGGGGCCAGAAAGGCCAGGUGCCCAACCACAGCCAACGGGAUGGGGACUCCGGGAGCCUGGGCAGCCCCUCUGCCUCCAGGGAGUCCCUGGUGAAGGCGCGCGGCGCGGCAGACAGCGGCGGCGGGGAGCCGGCUGCCAACAGCAAGCUCCUGUACAAGACCUCGGUGGUGAAGAAGGCGGCCGCGCGCAAGAGGCGGCACCCGGACGAGGCCUUCGACCACGAGAUCUCGGCCUUCUUCCCCGCCAACCUGGACUUCCUGUGCCUGCAGGAGGUGUUUGACAAGCGAGCAGCCGCCAAGUUGAAAGACCAGCUGCACGGCUACUUCGAGUACAUCCUGUACGACGUCGGGGUCUACGGCUGCCGCGGCUGCUGCAGCUGCCGGAACUGCUGCGGCUGCUGCAGCUUCAAGAUCCUCAACAGCGGCCUCUUCUUCGCCAGCCGCUACCCCAUCAUGGACGCCGCCUAUCACUGUUACCCCAACGGGCGGGGCGAAGAUGCUCUCGCCUCCAAGGGAGCGCUGUUUCUCAAGGUGCAGGUGGGAAGCACACCUCAGGACCAAAGAAUCGUCGGAUACAUCUCCUGCACACACCUGCAAGCCCCAUUAGAAGACAGCGCCAUCCGCUGUGAGCAGCUGGACCUGCUGCAGGACUGGCUGGCCGAUUUCCGAAAAUCUACCUCCUCGUCCAGCACAGCCAACCCCGAGGAGCUGGUGGCAUUUGAUGUCAUCUGUGGAGAUUUCAACUUUGACAACUGCUCCUCUGAUGACAAGCUGGAGCAGCAGCACUCCCUGUUUACACGCUACAAGGACCCCUGCCGCCUGGGCCCUGGGGAGGAGAAGGCAUGGGCCAUAGGUACCCUGCUGGACACGAACAACCUCCAUGAUGAGGACGUGUGUACCCCAGACAAUCUGCAGAAGGUCUUGGAGAGUGAGGAAGGCCGCAGGGAGUACCUCGCGUUCCCCCGCAGCAAGAGCCCCGGCGCAGGCCAGAAGGGGCGCAAGGACCUGCUGAAGGGCAACGGCCGGCGCAUCGACUACAUCCUGCACGGGGAGGAGGGGCUGGGCCCCGACUGGAAGGCCGAGGUGGAAGAAUUCAGUUUUAUCACCCAACUGUCCGGCCUGACUGACCACCUCCCAGUGGCCAUGCGGCUGAUGGUGUCCACUGGCGAGGAGGAGGUGGCGUAG